AAGGAAGGCAAGCAUUGAGGCAGACUGGCAAAGAGAGAGAGAGAGAGAGAGGGAAGAGAGUCAGGCUCUGAAUGCUAACAAGCCCCGUCGUAAUCGUCUCCAGCUUCCCAAAACAUGUUGUAAUGGAGAGGAAGGACGAGCAACCAUUAAGCUAGCUACUAUGACACAAGCGCUUCGCAGCCGUCGGCACAUUUGAUUUGACAGGAAAAAAACGCCAUUUUUUCUCGCUGAGUGAAAUGUGUCGCGACUGCUUGGGGACCACAUUGUGACAAUGGAGAUUGAAAAUAUCGUGGCCAACACGGUUCUCCUAAAGGCGAGAGAAGGUGGAGGAGGGAAGAGGAACGGUCGCAGUAAGAAAUGGAAAGAAAUGCUAAAACUGCCCCAUAUCAGUCAGUGUGAGGAGCUUCGGCGUACUGUUGAUAGGGACUAUACCAGUCUGUGUGAGAAGCAGCCCAUUGGUCGGCUUCUAUUUCGUCAGUACUGUGACACCAGGCCAGAGCUGAAGCGCUGCAUCGAAUUCAUGGACGCCGUGGCCAUGUACCAGCUAGCUCCUGAUGAGAAGCGGCGGGACUGCGGAUUGAAUGUUUUAGACACUUACUUCAAUAAUGGGUCGGCGGCCCAUCUGCCCGACAUACCCCAAGAUGUGGUCGCUGGGUGCCGGGAGAGACUAGAACAGAGUCCUUGUAAGGAGCUCUUCAACGACUGCACCAAAAUAGUUCGUGAUUAUCUAAGCGGAGCUCCCUUUUCGUCCUACCAGGAGUCCAUGUACUUCUCUCGCUUCCUGCAGUGGAAAUGGUUGGAGAGGCAACCAGUAACCAAAAAUACCUUCAGACAUUAUAGAGUACUAGGAAAAGGUGGAUUUGGCGAGGUUUGUGCCUGCCAAGUACGCGCCACCGGUAAGAUGUACGCCUGUAAAAAGCUGGAAAAGAAACGAGUGAAGAAAAGAAAAGGUGAAGCAAUGGCACUAAACGAAAAACGAAUUUUAGAAAAAGUUAACAGUAGUUUUGUAGUUAGUCUAGCAUACGCCUAUGAGACCAAGGAUGCGCUGUGCCUGGUGUUGACCAUAAUGAAUGGUGGUGACCUAAAAUUCCACAUCUACAACAUGGGCAACUCUGGCUUUGAUGAACAGAGAGCCAUCUUUUACGCUGCUGAGAUCUGCUGUGGCCUUGAGGACCUGCACCGUGAGAGGAUAGUCUACAGGGAUUUAAAACCGGAAAACAUCCUUCUGGAUGAUCGUGGGCACAUCCGCAUUUCAGACUUGGGUCUGGCUGUGCAAAUUCCUGAAGCGGAGACGAUACGAGGGAGAGUAGGCACUGUUGGAUACAUGGCUCCGGAAGUAAUCCAGAAUGAGAGUUACACCUUCAGUCCAGACUGGUGGGGUCUGGGCUGCCUCAUCUUUGAGAUGAUUCAAGGCCAGUCGCCCUUUCGCAAACGCAAAGAACGAGUCAAGCGGGAGGAGGUAGACAGACGAGUUCGUGAGGAUCAGGAGGAGUACUCUGAUAAGUUCUCUGAAGACGCCAAGGACAUCUGCAGACAGCUCCUCUCUAAAGAUCCCAAAAGUCGACCUGGUUGUCAGGGUCUUGGGGCCAUAGAGGUCAAGCAGCAUCCCAUCUUCAGGAACAUCAACUUCAAACGAUUGGAGGCAAACAUGCUGGAACCUCCGUUCAGCCCUGACCCCCGGGCCGUGUACUGCAAGGACGUCCUCGACAUCGAGCAGUUCUCCACUGUCAAAGGUGUGAACCUUGACCCCACGGAUGACGACUUCUACCACAAGUUUGUCACAGGGAGUGUCUCCAUCCCGUGGCAGAAUGAGAUGAUUGAAAUGGAGUGCUUCAAAGAAAUCAAUGUCUAUGAGACCGAUGGGACGCUAUGUCCAGACCUGGACAUGAACCGGCCAAACCCUCCACCAAAGAGAGGCUUCUUCUACCGCCUGUUCAGAAGAGAGGCAAGUUCUAGUGCUCCAGCAACUGUUCGAGGGGGUGGGGGCUAAGGUCUGCUUUAAGAGCGGUUACAGUGACGACGAGUUCGAGGAGCCCUCUCGACUUUAAACCACUCCCUCCACACCCUGCCGAAAAACAUCCCACCCGCCGAUCUUUACCAUAAACUCCAGCCGAGUGCAAAUCUUAGGAACUCAGUGAAUGUUGACCUGUAUUUAUGAGCUGUACUAAAAGUGUAUUAUAAUUCAAGAAAAAAAAAAGUAUGAGUUAAAAGAUUUUGUACCUUUGUACUUGAAUUUAUGUCUAGAUGUAUAUUUUCACUAACGGUUGUAUUGUACAAAAAGCCAUAAAAGUACCACUUGAAUGCAUACAUGACAUUUUUAUUUUAUUGUCUUUGGGAAUGAGUAUGGAUAAUGUUUCUUUGGGCAGUUUUUUUUUUUUUUUUAAAGAAGCACAGUACCAGUUGUCUUUAUUUUUCUCAAUGUAGCAUAAUGCCUUUUUUUUAAAUUUUUAUAUGUGCUGUAUUUUUUAGAAUUGACUUUGGCCAAUGCGAGGUGUUUUUAGCACAUCAGAUCCACAUCAGAUUCCCAAAAUUAACGCCCUUGAGGCUCGGGUAGAGCUGAAUGAUGUCUGUCAAUAAAUCAACGAUGUUGAGUACUGAUUUGUUGCUACCCCAAAAUUCCGCUCCUUCUUGUCUUGAUUGGAUAAUGCAAAGUUGAUUAUAACCUUGUAUUGACCUCUAACUCAACAGCAUGAUUUGGUAUAUGGCCAGCAUAUGUCUAGUGAAGGUGAUAUUGAUUUACUUUUAAUAAUUUUUAAUCAGAAUGUCCAGAAAAAGCUAACAUUGAUUCCAGAUCAGAUAUCGGAUAUGUAUUUUACAAAGCCACUUUUUCUUUGCACUCUGUCCUCCAGCAGAUGUGUCCAGCAACGGGGGAAAAAUAUUUUUGUUAUGGUUCUCCUCAAAUAUUCCAUUAUUUAGCUGGGAGGGAGUUAGGCACCGUGUUGUGAAAAAUCCGACCCGCAGCUAACAACUUGUUCCAUCUUUGUACCCACAUCGCUGUUGAAAUGAAAUGAACCUCUUUCAAUCCCGCCAUGGAGUUGAGAUUAGAGCCCGCUUUUUGCCUUUUUGCGCAGUAGAUCCUAAAUAGUAUGGCUGUAGUAUGGCCACAUAUCCGUAGAUGAUAUGCAGCUAUAUUCUGUGACUGAAGCCGUGUCUAUGCUUGAUAAAGAGAAAAUAUGUUUGUCGUAAUAGUGCACAACUUUUAAUCUUCCAUGAAAAACAUACAGCAGUAUGUUAUUCGCUCAUAGAAAAGGUGCUGGCUCGUGUGUGGAGAAAUGGAGAAAUGCAGGAUUUUCGACUCCUUCCGGUUCUAAUAAAAAAAAAAAAAAAAGGCUCUCAAAGGCAUUUGACAUUGUGGAAUUUGUAUGUUUUGAGGUGGUCAGUGUAACUUCCUACCAUCACUUUUCAAUACUGUGAAUACUCCGUUUUAGACAGUGUGUGUACAUUUACCUUGUAUGGAAAUUGCAUAGAAUUUUAUCUGAAUUCAGAGAAAGGUUGAUUUUAUUCCCACAGCUUAAACGUUACACUUGGUCAUUUCUCAAAAGCAGUUCAAAAGUGAAAAAGUGUGCAUAUAUUAUUACUCCCUCUGAUUUAGUGUUUUCUUGCUCUGAAAAAAUGCACAUUCCACUAUCACCAUACAAAUAUAUGUGCCAUGUAUGUGUCGCUGGCUUGGAGUCGUUUCUUUCUAUUUGUUGCACUCAGGCAUGCUCUGAAGCUUACUCUCUUGCCUUUUGUAGGUUUUUAGCAUUUUUUUAAAAGUACUUCCAGCCUCAAAAACCUUGUACAUUUUAAUAAUAAGCUGUAAAACACUGACAAUACAUAGAGAAACCGAUGCCUGCUGCACCUAUUCACCUGAUAGGAGUACAACUCCGCCAUCCACUUAACAUGUUCAUUGCACUGGGAUGUGUGUUUCGCCAAUGACAAUAGGAAGUGUCUCCUUUUCAAUGAUACCAAAAUCAAUACUGAAUAAAAUGUAUUAUUUGUAAAAAAAAAAAUUAAAAAAAAUGAAGCGAGGAAAGACUGAAAGCCUUCAUCGUGUGUGCCAGUUGCAAAAAGACAUCACGCCUUUUUUCAUCCUUUUUCACCCUUCCAUCCAUUUCGAAGCGAAAUCCUUCACAUAACGGAACUUUAAACUGCUCAAAAGGUUUUGAAUGUCCGCACAAAGUGCAUUGUAAUGCCUGUUUUAAAGAGAAAAAAAAACAUAUGCUUUAUUACACAAGCAUGUAUUGGUUUGUAAUACUUCAGGUUCCUUGUAUAUGUACAAUGAUGACCUUUUAGUGCCAACAUAUCUCUGAUAUCUGAGGACAGUUCAAAUGACCUGUAGACGUGGCCUUGUUCGAAUACGGGAAAGGCAUUCCUUUUCUUGGAACGGUGAGUCAACCCUUCCAAAUUAGGAUAAACGUCGUCAGUUACACUUGAGGGAGAGAUCCUCAGUUCCGUAAUGUCGCUUCAGUUUCUCAUUCGGUCUGGAAUCGUUAGUGUAAAAGCUAUUUUAAGGAAUGUUCUACUGGUAUUCCAACAAGGCCUGACACCCCCACCACCACCACCUCUUUCCUUUUUUUUUGUACCUGUACAGUCAUGUUGUUCAACCACUGCAGUCAUUGUUAAAUUCUUGUACAAGUUGUAUCACUGGUUGUUGUACCAUAUCUUACAUUUGUAAUUAUGAAAAAAUACACUGCCAUUUGUAUAAAAUG